AUGCAGAACUAUUCUAUGGCAGAUCUAGCGGUGCCUAAAUCUGACGUCUCCUUUGUGGACUGCACGUAUCUCAAUUGUUCGCAACCGAAUGAGGAGAUAGCACACUACGCGCAGUACUGUACCGGGUGGAAGAUGCUCAGCGUGUCUCGCUGUGUGACCGAUGACUUCGAAUACCUGGGAGCGGAUACGUAUCUAGGGAUGAUGUGGUCUAUUGGUGGUGACCCGAACAUGACUCCGCCCAUUCGACUGAGAGACCACACGUGGACAAAAGACAUUGCUGAAUAUGUGGCAACGUCACCUUCUCCGUCUACGUGGUGCACACAGUGCCACAUGAGCUUGAUCGGGCCUGGAACGAGUGCCCUCUUAACAAUGGAUUUGGAUCACUGA